AACGUAGCUUUACCUCAUUUUUACGAGUCGCCAACGCACGAAUCUCACGGUAGCGAAAUUCCACCCAGCCGUCGAUUUCGAAUCGCACAGCAAUUUCAAGACGAAUUCGGACACUCGCGUGAGGAGCAACGGAAUAGAGACUCGGAAAAAAAACACCCCACUUCCUAAUAUCCUCUUUCCCCCAAUCGACAUUCAUUUCCCCGGAUUGUCAUCGAAAAAACACCGCCAAGAUGUCUUUAACGAACUGUCGUUUCUACGAGGAGAAGUAUCCGGAGAUUGAUAGCUUUGUCAUGGUCAAUGUCAAGCAGAUCGCCGAGAUGGGUGCUUAUGUUAAGCUGCUGGAGUACGAUAACAUCGACGGCAUGAUUCUUCUCUCUGAACUUUCCCGAAGACGUAUUAGAAGUAUCCAGAAGCUUAUCCGAGUCGGUCGUAACGAGGUCGUGGUGGUGCUUCGUGUCGACAAGGAGAAGGGAUACAUUGAUCUGUCAAAACGACGUGUUUCUCCCGAAGACAUCGUCAAGUGCGAGGAGCGAUACAACAAGAGCAAGAUGGUCCACUCCAUCAUGCGACACGUUGCCGAGAAGACCCAGACACCUAUCGAGUCUCUGUACGAGAGCAUAGCCUGGCCCCUGAACCGCAAAUAUGGUCACGCCAUUGACGCCUUCAAGUUGUCUAUCACCAACCCCGAGGUGUGGGAGGAGAUCACAUUCCCUAACCAGGUCGUCGACGACGAGCUGAAGCUGUACAUCAGCAAGCGACUCACCCCUCAGCCCACCAAGGUCCGUGCCGACGUCGAAGUUACCUGCUUCGGCUAUGAGGGUAUCGAUGCUGUCAAGGCUGCGCUGCGAACCGCCGAGGCCAAGAACACAGAGAACAUGCAGGUCAAGGUCCGACUUGUUUCGCCGCCUUUGUAUGUGCUUACCAGCACAUGCACUGACAAGGCGCAAGGUAUCACUCGCCUGGAGGAGGCCAUUGUCGACAUCCGGACCACCAUUGAGGCUGCCGGUGGCAACCUUACCGUCAAGAUGGAGCCCAAGGCCGUUACGGAGAGCGAUGACGCCGAGCUGCAGGCACUGAUGGAGAAGAGAGAGCGUGAGAACGCUGAAGUUAGCGGCGACGAAAGUGUCAGCGAUAGUGACGACAACAUCCCUGAGACUAUCUAAGCGUCUCAAAGCACAGCUCUAUACCACCAGCGAUGAAGCUGCGAUUCCAAGCUCGGCUGAAGAGAAUGGGAACAAGCGGAUACUAUCUUUUGAACAAAAAGAAGAAAGCGAAAAAAGCUGUCAGCGCUCGUAUGAAAAUGAGAGACAUGGCCUAGAAUUUGGUUUAAGAAGUUUUGGUCGUGGGUAAUGGCGUCUUUUGCGUGACGGACGACCUAAAAGCCGUGGAAGGCGGGAUAUAUUGUGAGGGUAGAUUUUGGUCGUGACUGCUGGACGUUUGAUUUACGCGGGGCAUCAAAGCUUUUCAUAAGAUUAAAAAAAUGCUAUAAAUCAAACAAUCAUAGACUGUGCCAACUGUAUUUACACGUAGACUCGAGCAGUGUUGAAGCUUUG